AAAUCCAUAACUCACACAAACUCAAACUCAAACUCAAACAGAAAACCCAGAAGCAGCAGCAGCAGCAUUACUAGUGUUUCAAUCUCAAUCCUAAAAAGCUAAAGAACAACUCUUUGAGAGAAGCCCAAAAAGACUUUUUUCCUCCAUCAACACCACCACCAAAAGCCUCCACCUUUCCUCUUCCUCUUCCUCUUCCUCUUCCUCUUCCUCCUCUCUCUCUCUCUCUCUCUCUCUCUCAAAACCCAAAAAGCUCCAAACCACACAACCCCCAAUAAACACCAUUUCCGGGUCAUCGGGUCCAACACCAUCACCACCCCAACCCAUUUCUUCACCACUCCCCAUAUCCAAUGCCUCCCAUAAAAUAAACCCAACAGCAACAACAUCACCACCUUGUUCUUGGUUCACCUCAAGAACCAAGCUUUGGUCUGAUUCUUACUAAAAAGUCCUCAUAUUUUUUACCCCAACAAAAAAAGUCCUCUUUUUCUCUCUAAACCAUGGCGGGUAAUCCGCCUGAGGGACUCGGAGACGAUUUCUUCGAGGAGAUCAUGGCGGUUCCUCAACCCUACGGCGGCUCCUCCGCCUCUGCUGCUGACUCAGGCUAUGUUGACGUGGGGUCCAUGCCCAUGGUGCUCCAGCUCGGCUCCGGAGCCGGGUCUUCUUCUUCUUCCGGGUACAGAGGAGGAGGAGUUGGGAUGGGUAUGCGGAUGCCUUUGGGUCUGAAUUCGGAGCAGGGCUUUCUCGGACAAGACAGGUUUAGAGAUGAAGCUGAACGCAACUCGAACAACACCAACAACAACAAUGGUAACAGUUCUAAUGAAAGAGAUAAUCCGGUUCAUAACAUGACGAGUUUGUUUCCGGCAUUUGGACAUUUGCAAAGCCACCCUGUCCGGCCAACGCCACCGCCACCUCCUCCACAGCCUCACCAGCAGUUUCAUAGCCAACCAGCACCAGCGCCAACUGCUGCUGUUCAUCACCCUCCUGCUAUCCGCCCAAGGGUCCGAGCACGACGAGGCCAAGCCACAGAUCCCCACAGUAUCGCCGAGCGGUUACGCCGGGAAAGAAUUGCAGAAAGAAUGAAGGCUUUGCAGGAAUUAGUACCUAGUUGUAACAAGACAGAUAGGGCUGCUAUGCUUGACGAAAUCGUCGACUAUGUUAAAUUCUUAAGGCUCCAAGUAAAGGUUUUGAGCAUGAGUAGACUUGGAGGAGCAGGUGCAGUGGCCCAGCUUGUAGCUGAUGUACCCUUAUCAUCAGCAGUUGAGGGAGAGGGGAUUGAAGGACAACAAGCAUGGGAGAAGUGGUCAAAUGAUGGCACAGAGCAACAGGUAGCUAAGCUGAUGGAAGAAGAUGUAGGAGCUGCUAUGCAAUACCUUCAAUCCAAGGCACUUUGCAUCAUGCCCGUAUCACUUGCCCCUGCAAUUUUCCGUUCACAUCAGCAGGAUGCAUCGACAAUGGUUAAGCCGGAAUCACAUAACUCUUCCUAGGCUCCCCCAAAAUAAGUCCUGUUUUAGUUAGUACCAUUCUUACAACUCAUUAGAACAGAAGUGAUAAUCAAGCCAUAGCAACUGUUCACCGUAAAUUUUCCAGUUGUGUAAAACAAAGGACUGAUUGUCAUGUUCAAGCCUAGGGAAGAAUUUUAAUUAGCUAGAUGAGUUCCUCUUGUAAUAUCAAAGGUGGGGUUAGUUGGGUGUGACCAAAAAUGUUGGUGGUGAGAGCUCUUUAAUAUUCUUAUAUGGAUAAUGGGUAGGGGGCUAUGUAAAAGGGAUGGAUGGUUUUCUAUGAUGUAUUGUAUUCUGAGAAAAAAUAAUGCAAGUUGAAGGUAGAUGAUGAUAAUGGUUCUUGUUCUAUAAAGCAGUAUU